UCUAUCUUAUUUGUUUCGCUGCGGCUCUCACCUCUCCUCUGCGGGCCGCCAGGUACACCGCCCCGCUCCGCUCCGCUCCUGCCCCGGCCGAGGGACAGCAGGUUUUUAUGGAGGCCCCGCUGGAGGAGAAGGAGCCUACGCCGAUGGACAAGUCUCCGCCUCUGCCUACCCUGAGCCCGGCCGUGCCUCCCUUCGUCACCCUUGGCCUGACGGUGGUCUACACCGUCUUCUACUCGCUCCUCUUCAUCUUCAUCUACGUGCAGCUCUGGCUGAUCCUGCGGUACCGACACAAGCGCUUCAGCUACCAGACCGCGUUCCUGUCGCUGUGUCUGCUGUGGUCGGCCCUGCGCACCGUGCUCUUCUCCUUCUACUUCAAGAACUUUGUCACGGCCAACACCUUGGGGCCGUUUCCCUUCUGGCUGCUGUACUGCUUCCCCGUCUGCCUCCAGUUCUUCACGCUCAGCCUCAUGAACCUCUACCUUGCACAGGUUGUUUUCAAGGCAAAGUCGAAAUAUGCACCAGAGCUUUUGAGAUACAGGCUGCCGCUGUACCUGCUCUUCCUGUUCAUAAGCCUGGUGUUCCUAGUAGUGAACUUAGUGUGUGCCCUGCUGGUGAGGAUGUCCUCUGCAGAAGCCCAAACCGUCGUGCUAGUGAGGGUUACCAUCAACGACACGCUGUUUGUCCUGUGUGCCGUCUCCCUCUCCUUGUGUCUUUACAAGGUCGCUAAGAUGUCGCUGGCCAACAUUUACCUGGAAUCCAAAGGGACGUCAGUGUGUCAGGUGACGGUUAUAGGAGCCAUCGUCAUCCUCCUUUACUCUUCCAGGGCCUGCUACAAUCUGGUCGUCCUGGGACUCUCAAACAAGAAAAUCAACUCUUUUGACUACGACUGGUACAACGUUUCAGACCAGGCAGACUUACGGUCGACUCUGGGCGAUGCUGGCUACAUCGUCUUUGGAGUGAUCUUGUUCGUAUGGGAGCUGCUCCCCACCUCUCUCAUGGUUUACUUCUUCAGAGUUCGGCAACCAGACCUAGACAGGAGUGGGUCUGGGCUUCCCGGUCACGCCUUCUCCUCCAGGGCUUAUUUCUUUGACAACCCACGGCGUUAUGACAGUGACGAUGACCUGGCAUGGAGUGUCAUGCCUCAGAACAUCCAAGCCAGUCUGGCCGCUGACAGUUACGAUUGGGGGAGCCAGAGCAGCAGCAGCAUCGGCGCCGCCUACAUGGAAGGAGACGACAGUUACCACCUCCCCCCUCCUCCAGAGGAGCUCAGCCAUUACUGACCGGAGUUCACGGCGACUCCCGCCGAACUCAUAGCUUUGUUCUCUUAUUUGUAUAUUUUUGCACAGACUCUCUUAGUGACAGAGGCACAUGGGGCAGAAAGUCACCCCCUACUUGAUACAUCCAGUCUUAUAUUUUGUCUAGAGAAGAAGAACUAACAGACUUUUCUACCAGUAUAUGAAGGUCCACUGAUGGGACAUUCAUUUUUGCACACUCCUUGUACAAAGUGAUCUAAUUUUAAACUGCUUUUAAACCUUUUCAUUGUAUAGUUUAUAUUGAAUACUGCUUAAUAUAUUUCCUUACUUUUGUAAUAUGAGCUCUAUUACUAUUUUUAUGUACUGUGAUCUUUUUCAUACAUAUUUGUUUACAUAGAGGGGAUAUUCAUUUAAUUCAGAAUAAAAC